CACACCACCUCACCGCCGCUGCACAACACAGCACAGGCCGGACUACCGUCUGUCUCUGAAUAAAGGACAAGAGACACAAUCAAGAUGUCUGACAUGGAAGACGAUUUCAUGUGCGAUGAUGAGGAAGACUACGACCUGGAAUAUUCAGAGGACAGUAAUUCAGAGCCAAAUGUGGACCUGGAGAACCAGUACUACAACUCAAAAGCCUUGAAGGAGGAUGAUCCCAAAGCAGCACUCAGCAGUUUCCAGAAGGUGUUGGAAUUAGAGGGAGAGAAAGGAGAAUGGGGAUUCAAAGCAUUGAAACAGAUGAUCAAAAUCAACUUCAAGCUGACCAACUUCCCAGAGAUGAUGAACAGGUACAAGCAGCUCCUUACAUAUAUCAGAAGUGCUGUUACCAGGAACUACUCAGAGAAGUCCAUCAACUCCAUUCUGGACUAUAUCUCUACCUCCAAACAGAUGGACUUGCUGCAGGAGUUCUACGAAACCACGUUGGAGGCUUUGAAAGAUGCAAAAAAUGACAGACUGUGGUUUAAAACUAACACAAAGUUGGGGAAGCUGUAUUUGGAGAGGGAAGAGUAUGGGAAACUGCAAAAGAUUCUUAGGCAACUUCACCAGUCAUGUCAGGUAAUUUGGUCAAUUUUCAAUCCUUUUUGGGUGGAAUAUGCAGUAAGUUUAUUUGGUUUGAUACAAAAAUUGGGAGUUUUGAAAACAAUAAUGAUUGAAUACGUUGCUGUUCUGUUUUCAUAUCAACUACAGACAGAUGAUGGAGAGGAUGACCUGAAGAAAGGAACACAGCUGUUGGAGAUCUAUGCUCUGGAGAUCCAGAUGUACACAGCACAAAAAAACAACAAGAAAUUGAAAGCCCUGUAUGAGCAGUCACUUCAUAUUAAAUCUGCCAUUCCUCACCCACUCAUAAUGGGCGUUAUCAGAGAGUGUGGUGGGAAGAUGCAUCUGAGAGAGGGUGAGUUUGAGAAAGCUCACACAGACUUCUUUGAGGCCUUUAAGAACUAUGAUGAGUCUGGAAGCCCAAGAAGGACAACAUGCCUGAAGUACCUGGUCCUAGCCAACAUGCUGAUGAAGUCAGGAAUAAACCCUUUUGACUCUCAAGAGGCCAAACCAUACAAAAAUGACCCAGAGAUCCUAGCAAUGACAAACUUAGUAAGCGCCUACCAGAACAAUGACAUUACUGAAUUUGAGAAAAUCUUGAAAACAAAUCACAGUAACAUAAUGGACGACCCCUUCAUUAGAGAGCACAUAGAGGAGCUCCUGCGGAACAUUAGAACUCAAGUACUUAUCAAACUCAUCAAACCUUACACGAGAAUACACAUCCCUUUCAUUUCUAAGGAGUUGAACAUUGAUGUGUGUGAUGUGGAGAGUUUGCUGGUGCAGUGCAUCUUGGAUAACACAAUCCACGGCCGAAUUGACCAAGUUAACCAGCUACUAGAACUGGACUACCAGAAGAGAGGAGGGGCUCGCUACACAGCUUUAGACAAAUGGACAAAUCAGCUGAACUCUCUGAACCAAGCCAUUGUUAGCAAGCUCACAUGAUGGCAUGUAAAAUCAAGAGACAAGAAAAAUGGCAUGUUUGAAUACAUCCAUAAAGUAUGCUACUGUGCUUCUUCAAGUAUAUCCUCUGAGACAAGAUACACAGCACAGGUUUUGAGAAUGCCACCAAUUUGAAGAAGACUCACACGAAGGUGUUCAAAGUGUGUUGUUUUGUCCUGGUGAGAGGAAAUCACUGACAGUUAUUUUUGUUUUUCAUGUUCCUGAUUGGCAGAUGCUUCCAUGUGCAACACACAAAUGCUUAGGUUGUGUAAAAAAAAAAGAAGAAAAAAGUCCAAAUGUGUAUGAAAACCUGUACACAGUAUUUUAAUGUAUACUGUUGCCUGUUGGUAAUAAACCAAUUUCUCUCAGCACUUAAAGGAUUUCGAUGCCUUUGACUAGCUAAACGUCGAAUAAAAUGUUUUUAACCGUCA